AUGCAGUCAGCACUUCAUGCCGUCGUCGGCCCCAAGAAAGAACUGCAUGACCUUUCCGGUCGAACCGCAAUUGUCACAGGUGGCGCAAAUGGCAUUGGUUUCCAAAUCUCGCGGCAGUUCGCCCAAGCCAAAGCCAAAGUCAUUAUGGUCAACCGGAAAGAAGAGCAGGGCGAUGAAGCAAUCAAGCAAAUCAAGGCCGAGACGCCAGACGCAGAUGUAGACUGGGUUGGUUGCGAUCUCGGCAGUCUGAAAGAAGUGAAGGAGGUCUUUACCGAUCUUCGGGAGAAGCUUGAGCGACUGGACUUGCUGAUUCUGUCCGCCGGCAUCAACACCGACAAAUUUGAUUUGGACGCCGACGGCAUCGACCGACAUUUCGGCGUCAAUUACCUGGGCCAGUUUUAUGCCGUCAAUCUCCUAUACCCACUCAUCCGCAAGACCUCCAAGUUGCCCAACACCCCAGCGCCACGCAUUGUGUUCGAGGCGUCCGAAGUCCACCGAGCUGCACCGUCAGACAUCCACUUUGGUUCGCUCGAAGAGAUCAACAAUAAAGACUUUGGUGCUACACAUCUAUAUGCGCGGUCGAAGCUGGCUCUCAUCCUCCUUGCAAAAUACUUGCUGCCGGAGAAGGUGUUCAAGAAGAACGGCGACAGAGUGUACUCACUGAGUGUACAUCCGGGCACUGUCAAUACACAGAUGCAGCAGACAUGGAAGUCCGCAUACCCCGGAAUCUUCGGCAACAUGCUUUCUUGGGCUAUGCAGGCGGUAGGACGUGAUGUUGAACAGGGAUCUUACAGCGCCCUUUGGGCUGCUACAAGUUCAGAAAUCGAGGAAAAAGACCUGCAAGGCUAUUAUUUCGUUGACCCUGGACAACCUGGCAAGGAAACGUCGCAAGCAUCAGACCCAGCGCUGGCUGAGGCUCUUUGGAACUUGAGUAUCAAGUUGAUCAAGGAGAAGGUCGGCGAGGAUGCUCUUGUGCCUUGGGACCAGGAGGCAUCAUGA